AGUUGUUGUGGCUCAGAUUGUUGUUGGCCCGCCAUGAUCUCGAACGUUGAUAGGCUCAGCGAUGAAGAGAGCUUGGAGACCGAAACCAUGAAGACGAAAGACCGUGGGCCUGGGGUCACGAAGACGCAGGCGAAGUAUCCAAAAUCUGGCGUUGCGCCGCCCGUGGUUCCUUUUGAGCCUGUAUGCAGACCACACGCUGCCCCACUCAGCAUGAGAUUAGUACCGGAAAAGGUCAAGUCGGACAACGUCAAAACCACGAAGCUGAUGUCUAAACCCAUUGUGAUGCAAUCGUUUGGCAGUGUGAGACUCUAUGGGGCAACCUAUAGAGCCAACAUUGGGUAUUUGUCCCAAAGAGGUAAACAGGAUUUUGGAACCCAGAUUUGCUACUGGGACCAAUAUAAAAGAGCAUGCAGGGCUAACAAAGUCAAGAGGAAUGGGCAGCACCGGUUCGUGCCCCCCUUGUUGGCCGAGUGGAUUGCAGGAAUUCCGCGAGAUUGGACGUUGCCGGAAUGUGGCAAAGUAUGUCGGGAACGCUACAACGAGUUGUUCCCCCCAGUGUCCGAGGAGGCGGCGUACCCAGUCAUCUCCAUGUUCUCAGGCAUAGGAGGGCUGGAACUUGGCCUGAGGGAGGUGUGCUUCCCGAUACAAUACGUGGAGCAGAAUGAACACUGUGUUGCGGUGCUGCGUUCGCGAAUGUUUGAGAAGAUGAUCGCAGAUGGUCCCGUUGCUGAAGAUGUGACGACAUAUAUCCCCUCUCCAAGUAUCAAGAAACGGGCUCGUGGCAUUUGCGCAGGAUUCCCUUGUCAAGACAUUUGUCAAGCCGGACAUUGUCUCGGACUUCAAGGAGAAAGGUCUUACUUGGUAGAUCACGUUUUUAGGGUGGCCGACGAAUGCGAGUCUGUGUCCUUCGUUUUCUUGGAGAACGUAGCUUACUUGCUGAGUGCUGCCAUGAGUCAUGUGAUGGACUAUGUGCUUCAGGAGCUGACACGUCGGGGCCUUCGUGUUCGCUGGACAACAGUGACGGGGCACAUGGUCGGCGUUCAGGUGUGCAGAGAACGAGUGUUUCUAUUGGCGACAAAGGGUGACUUCCAUUUCCAGAACCUGACUUUGAUGACCUCGGAUGAGAUGGAAAGCCGGGCGCUUGAGCCGUGGAACCAUCGUGACCGACCUGAGCUGCAUUGCUGGCUUUCAACUGAAUGCACCCAGCAAGACCAGCAAAGGUUGCAAAGUGUAGGCAAUAUGGUGAUCCCUCGGUGUGCUCAACUAGCUCUUCAUGUGCUGGAGCACUCUAUGAGAGCUUAGCUCCGCCUGCAGGUUUAAGAGGGGAAACUUAUUUGUUUGCGAGUUCAAAUCAAAAGUAUGUUUAUACAUUUACAUUGUGUCAUCGGUCGUGAUUAACCAUUGAAACUGAAUCUUGGUUGUGAUCGUCCCCAUGUCCGC